UGCGCCUGUCACGUCUAAAUAGGACACAAACAUGUAUAAAUACUGGAGACAAGUCGAUCUCGAACUGAGGUAUUAAAAUGUCGUUCAGAAGUGCAGUUAGGAGCGUAAUUAGAGGCAAGAAGAGUCAACUGGAGGCACGAAGACUGUAUUCCAUCAGUCACGAAGUUUCUUCACCAGUGGAGGAUAUCAAAUUACCUAAUCUUUUUCUGCAUGAAUACGUACUUAAUGAUAUACACAAAUGGCAUGAUAAGAUCGCGGCUGAAUGCAUCAACUCUAAACGGAAGUACACUUAUGAAGAGAUCAACAGGAAAAGCGAUUCUUUGGCAGGAUUCCUGCAGAAAUGCGGAAUACGAAAAGGUGAUGUGGUCGCUGUCGUCCUGCCCAACGUACCCGAAUACCUUAUUUCUUUGCUAGGAAUAAGCAAAUCCGGAUCAACCGUCACCACCAUCAAUCCCAUCUAUACUUCAGACGAAAUCCAGCGACAGCUUGUCAAUUCGGGAACUAAAUUGGUCAUUACCAUGACGACCCUUCAUCCAAUCGUAAAGGACGCAACAGACAAUGUUCCUAAUAGCAACAUUUCAAUUGUUACAAUAAAUCACAAUGAAUCUGAUUCGACGCCAGAAGGAUGUGUGAAUUUCUUCGAAGUUUGCGAGUUAAAUUUGGAAGUGAAAGAUCCAAAUUUGAGCUUGGACGAUGUAGUUAUUUUGCCAUAUUCCAGUGGGACUACAGGUUUACCGAAAGGUGUGAAAAUCACACAUAGAAAUUUAGUAUCAAAUAUUGCUCAAUCUAACACACAAGGACUCAGAUAUAAUACUGAAACGACAGGUAACAACCAGGAUAUAAUUCCGUUAGUUCUACCAUUAUUCCAUAUCUACGGUUUAUCGAGUAUUGGAUUUACAAAAUUGUCCAGAGGUUGCAAAUUAGUAACAGUUCCAAAAUUUAACACAGAUAGUUUCUCCAAAUUGCUACAUCAAUGUUCCCCAAACUUGCUCUUUGCUGUACCACCAAUGGUCCUAAUGCUUCUCAACAAUCCGCAGUUGCAAUUGGAAAAGGUUUCUUCGUUGAGGAGUAUAAUUUCGGGGGCGGCGCCUUUGGGUUCUGAAGAUAUUUGCAGGUUAAAGGAGAAAACUGGAGGAAAAGUGAACCUGAUGCAGAUGUAUGGUUUAACUGAAUGCUCACCAGUGACGCACAAACAGAGCACAGAUCUGAAGAAUGGGAUAAAAGUAGGUGGAAGCGGCUUUCUGCUACCCAACACCAAAGCGAAGAUAGUGAAGAUUGAUGACCGAGAUUGCGUAGGGUUGGGUCCAAAUGAGAGCGGAGAGCUACUCAUCAAGGGUCCGCAAGUCAUGGCAGGAUACUUGAAUAAUCCGGAAGCUGAUAAGGGGAUCUUCGUGGAAGGUGGAUGGAUGAGGACAGGGGACAUUGCUAAUUACGACGAAGACAAUCACUUCUUUAUUACCGAUCGUUUGAAGGAGUUGAUCAAGGUGAAGGGAUUUCAGGUAGCGCCGGCAGAGCUGGAGGAACUACUGAGAGGACAUCCUACUGUGCAAGACGCUGCUGUCAUCGGAAUCCCCGACGAGAAGCACGGAGAAUCCCCAAAAGCCUUCGUCGUCCUCAAAAAAGGUUCAAAUACUUCAGCCGAAGACAUUUCCAAGUACGUAGCUGAAAAGGUCGUCAACUACAAGCAGCUGACCGGUGGAGUGGUAUUCCUCGAAAGCAUCCCCAAAACCGCAUCCGGAAAGAUAUUGCGCAAAGAUCUAAGAAACUACUAGAAAUAACUUACUUUUGUAACAAAGGAUCGUCUGUCCGUAUCGUUAUUCAACAUUAGUUCGAUUUCUAAGCAUAGAUAUCGCUUUCGCAAAACUGACAAACACAAACCAUAGAUAGUCACAGCACACUUUGUCCAACAAACUUGCUUUUUAUUUGUACGUACAAAAAUCGAACACUCAGUAAUCUCGGAUCGUUACAGAAGUCAUUAAAUUAAAGUCGCAGCCGCACGCAAACGACGCCUUCUGUAUUAUAUUCUUAUUUAUAUAUACACGUGCACAGCAAGAAACAACGUCUCUCCACUUUAGUUAAGCAUUAAAUUUGGAAAUUAGUUUUUCGUGAAAACAAGAACGGUAAAAUUCAAGUGUUUUCAGGAGUUUUCGAGUUUUCGAACAUCGUAAAACGGCGUUUUGCGGGGCAACGGAACGGGCGUCGCGGUUAUUUUCUAACUCUUAUGGACAAGUUCACUUAGUUUGAUUAAAAAUAGACCUUCGGGACUUCUCCAUCGCCUGUUCGGGCAUAGAUUUCAGAUGAAAGAUUUAUUCUUCAACUCUCUCUUUCUCCCCAUAAAUAUUAAGUAUAAGUGAACGAAACCUAAUCUAAAUAUGGAAGUUUCAGAGUAAAUAUAUUAUUUUAAAACAUGA